CGUCUGUGGCAACAGCAAGUGCGAUGUGUCAAUUAGCAAAGAAGUUAACGGAUUAGACAACUAUAUUCAAGUAAAAUGAUUCAACCAGAGUAGAAUCUCUUACGUGAUUUAUGUUUUCGUUUUCAAUUUGAAUGCUAAUUAUUUGGAAUAUCUUGUUUUGCAAUGUAUUACUAAGAAAAAGAUGCAAUGGGUGGGGUAGAUGGUCAACUACAAAUUGACACAAAGCUUCAUGAGGCUGUGAGGUUCUCUCAGAUUGAGGAUGUAAGGAUCGCCCUCCAGCAAGGUUAUGAUCCCAAUCUGAUCGGAGUGUAUAUGUGGAGUCCCCUUCACGAGGCUGCAUAUAAUGGAGACAAGGAAAUUCUCAAGUUGCUAUUACAAAGAAAAGGUGAUCCAAACAAGAAAGAUUAUCAAAGGGGACGUACAGCGACACACUAUGCAGCAGAAAACGGCCACAUUGAGUGCCUUAAAUUGCUGAUAAACGCUGGGGCCAGGUACGAUAUAAGGGAUGAGGAUGACAAAGAUUGUCUUGAUGUUGUCACUCCUGGUGGACGCAAAAUUCUCGAAAGAUUAAAAAUGAAGGAUUUAAUGUUAAACCCUGAUGAUGAUAAAGAUGAAGGAAUCUCAACCGACCGGUCACAUGACCUAACAUCUUUAUCUUCCAGUAGAAGAUCAUCAGUCAUUUCUGAGCAAGAAGAUGGUCCAGUGUUAGGUCAUAUUCACCUGUCUGUGGAGUACCAUGCAGCAAAGGGGUCAUUGAAAAUACGUGUAUGGCAGCUCUCAGAUCUACUUCUUCCACCUCCAAAUACCUCAAUGAUUCAUUCAAUUUAUGUGAAGAGCUACCUUCAGCCUGACAAGAAACGUGAAACAAAGCGUAAAACUGAAGAAGUCAAAGUGGACUCCUCCAAAGGUUCUAUUCAUUGGAAGAAGAAGAAAGAUAUUAGCGUUAAACAUGUAUUUACACCUGCAAACUUUAAGUUUAGUCAGCCUUUAGAAUACUCAGGAAUAACACAUGAUGUUGUCAAAGAAAAACAGCUAGAAAUUGAGGUAUGUGUAACACAGCGUUACUCUCACCGAAGUUUCCUUAUUGGAAUGAUACGUAUGUCGUUAAAAUCUGCCGUGAAGAAAUUGAAAAGGGAAAGAUUAGUAAUAAUUCCAUGUAUGAACCACACAAUUCCUUCUAGCAUGAAGGUAUAUUGUGCAUCCGAACUGGACAUUGUGAAUAAUUCUCCAGGUGGAAAUUACUUCUUUAGUAGCCCAAAUGUGAGAAUUGUGCUUCCAGAGGAUACAGAUGAUUCAUCUGAAAAAGCUGCUAGUAACCCAGAUUUGCAACCAUGGAAACAUCACUCUCCAUCUGUGGAAGUAGAUAUGAACCAAAAGUUUGAAUUUGUGCCAAAUGUUCCUAAAUUGGAUUUGAAUAUAACACCCUUAGAUGAGAGUGGAUAUUCUAGUGAGUUUCAUGUAUCAUUGCAAGGUGAGCUAGAAAGCCCAGAUUCUGACAGUUAUAAAAAUAGUUUUGUAAGGUUACAUGAGAAAAGUGUAGGUAUUCCAAAAGUUCACGAUCCAUUGAGGAAAAUGAAGCCCGUCCAAGUACUAGAAAAUAUUAAAGAGCACAAUUUAAGAAAUACUGAAACUAAUUUAGUUGGUAAGUCAGAUGUUAAACUAGAAAUAACUGACUUUGAUGAUACUGAUUUAGGUGAAGUUCUUGUUGAAAGUGGUAAAAAAAGUAAUAAAGAAGUGGAGGAAUCUAAAAAACAAACAACAAAAUGUGGUAAAAAAUCAGACAAAGAUUCAGGUUCGAGACCUGAAACCCCUACAUGGGAUUAUUAUGAUAUUCCAACAGAAGUAGUUUCUCAGGAAGUGGAACAGUCCAUUACACCUUGGAAGGAAGGUGCAGCACCUGUUGUGUUGCCAAUGGAAACGACACUAGGAUUAGCAAAUACCAAAGAUCAAAAUGUAAGGCAGUUAAACAAAAGUGACAAAUCUGUCCGCCAUUCGAAGAAAAAAUCAAAUAAACCAAUUCCUGGAAAGGCUGUCCCACUAAUUCCAAGUAUUGUUGUUACAAAUGCUGAACAAUGUAGAGAAACAAAAAUAGCAAUACCAAGUGAAAUUUUAAGGGAAGUGAAAGAUAAUGAUGUUAAUAAUUCUGAAGAAAUUAAAAUAUCUGUUGAUUCUGAUAAAGGGGCUAGACCCAAAACAAAGUCAUUGCUGAAAAAAGUUGACAGAAAGAUGUUUAUUAAUGUUGGUAAAACAAUAAGUAAAGAUAGGAAAGGAAAUUCUGAGGUUGAAAUGUCAGAAAACAACGAACAAAGAAAUAAUGAACAUAACCGUCCGAAAUCAAAACCAAAGUUAAGGAAAUUGAAAAAAUCACAAGAGAUGGAUUCAAAAGGUGUUUAUAAUGAUAAUGAGGAAUUUAAAAAGGUGAAGGUGCCUCCUUUAGAUUUUUCAGGUAAAAAUACUGAACCAGUCCAAACAGGAAGUUAUCAGCAGACUGGUACCUCUGUAGUUUUAGACAUGGACAAGCUUUCAUUGUCAGCAGCCAGUGCUCAUGUUGUGGAAGUAAUAGAGGAUGACAUUAGUAUAACAGAGCUUGAUGAAGGUGAUCAGUUAUUUACAGACAGGUCGGAGGUUUCUGUUUCAGCAUUUACAGAUAUUGAAAGUGGAUUAGGAGAUUACCAUAUUCCGGAACGAGUGUCUCCAACCAAGUAUAUGAUACCAAUGCAGGUAUAUGAUGUUGAUGACACUAGUUGUGAUGAGUCAAUAGCUACAGAUAGGUCAUAUGUUCCCACUACUGUUUUAUGAAAAUCUUAGUUAACUAGUAUGGUAAAUUUUCUUGCCAUUGAUAAUUUCCUUCCUCUUUUGACUCUACAAUAAUAGUCUUCCUCAUGUAAUAUAUUAAUGUAGAAUCUAUAUAAGAUAUACAUUUCUAAAGUCUUACAUUUGUAUUUUGAUAUUUGAAGUCUCUAGGGCCAAGUAGUUAAUGUUUAUAAUUACCAAUCACUUGCCUCUCACUUCUGCCAGGGAUUUGGAAUUCAUUUUUAAGCUAUUUUAAUUUAAGGUAGGUUAUGACAGGUUAAAGGGAUUUCAUUGAGGUUUUUUUUUUGACAUAUCAGGACUGGAAAUGAUUUUACGAAAGUAAUGUUCCAUUUGAUGUAGGACCAUUAAAUUUCAGAUUUUGAUUUGCUGACUCCCUUUUUCCAGAUUAAUUAAGUAUUAUAAUUGUGAAAAAUGACCCAAAUUAAAAAGCGGUUUUCACUCAAAAUCAGACUGAGAAUAGCACAAGAAUAUAAUUUUCAAUUUAUUUCAAAGCUUAUCUUUUGCAUAUCUUUCUGUUUUAAGAUCCCUUGUUGAUCUGUGUAAGGAAUUCAAAUUCAAUUUUUAAGGCUUUUGGACCAUACAGUAGUGGAGUUCCUUUAAAGGUUCUUUUUCAUUCCUUGUUUGUCUCCCUGAAACAAUACAUGGGGAGGCAACAUUAUUCUGUGACUAAACAAACUCAGAUAAAAAUAAUACUAAUAGUAUGUUUAGAUUUGACUUUGAAAUAUUCUGUUUAAAAUGAGGUUGUAUAACAUUAGUAUGAAACCAGUCAUUUGUGUCCCCUCCCUUCCUGUGCACAACCUUAGGAGAAAUGCAGGGAUUCGACCUAUAGACUAGUCAAGCCUUGGUCAAAACUCAGAUAUUACUUCUGCUGAUAUACCUUUAAUACAGAUUUGAUUAUAUCCCUGGCCCGCCCCUGUUUGUGUGCACAAGAAAAUUUGCUUCAUUUUUUUCUACGGUUAUGCAGGGAUGCUCGAAAAGAAAAGGGGAAAGGGAGGGGGAGGGGUUUCAAGGACGUCUUGUUCUCUAUUUACGCAUACAUUCUUCACUGCAUUUAUAAUCAUAUUCUAAUUCAACUGUGCCUUAUAUUUGUUUAUAUAGUUAUUUUGUUAUAUCUUACAUAUUUGAAUAAUAUUUCAAAUUAAUAUGCAUUUAUUUCUCAUUAAACAUUUUACUAAUAUACACCUCCGUUGAUCGGAAUGCUCAUAGUCAUUAGUAAUAUAUUUUGCUACUACUACAAGUUGUUAAAGUUUAUAAAGUGUACAAAGUGUCUUAGGUUAGAGAUCUGACUAGUUUUUAUUGAAAUUUAAUAAACCUAACAUUUUUUUUAUUUUUUACAUAGAUAUGUUUAGAUUUAAAUAGUUCGCACAAUGUAUUAGUUUAGGAAAGAACUUAUUAGAUCUAAUUUACUUGCAAGAUUUAAUAUUAGAUGAAAAUUUAAAGUUACAUGUAGCAGAUAGUAAAGAGCCUUGUCAAACUGCAGUGAUAUGGGGCUGACAUGCCUCUACUCAAGUGGCAAAUAUUAUAAAUCUUGGUUCCAGCAUUCAUUAGGCUAAGACAUGUAGAGUUUAUAU